CUGUGAUGCUCUGGAAAGUAUGAGAUAACAUCGCUCCAUGGAGUGGAACUCACAUUGGGCUCAUGGACGAGAACGAGAACCUCCCUUUCCUCUAUCGCCGCCCUACUUGUCUCCUCACUCGCCCUCCCCUGGACCCCUUCAUCCGACCCUGGUAAAACGCUCCUCAACGUACCCCUCGCCGUCCAGUACUUUGCAUCAUCGUCCACUUCGCUCGUCCUCCCAGGUAAUCCCUCACCCGCAAUCAUCCUCCCAUGACCACCCGACCCAAUCAGUUCUUGAACCCUCUGCUGCUGUGCUUUGGUCAGGGCCGUACGUCGAAGGGUGUGAAGGGAGAGAUCAGAGAGAGAUUCGCGGUCGGGCUCGCUUCUUCUACUCGGUGUUCCUGCGUCGCUUGGUCUGUGGAUGGCAGAGAUGAGAGAGCGAUAUGGUGGUGGUGGAUCGGACAUUGUGAGUAUAGGAUUUUCAGAGGAGGUCAUAUAUGUGAAGGAUUGAGAUGAGUGGCAAAUGAUAGACGCCAUCUGCCAGGGUCGUGCAUGGACGUUCCUUAUCGACGGCGCAUUGACCAACAGACAGGGAUUCGGGUAUGAGGGGACCUGAAUGGAAUACUCUGUACAUACUCCGAUACGCUACGGAAGCUGUGGGGAUGUUGGCCCUGGUACCCGACAUGGUGACACCGUUGGACAUCGGAGAUUCCCUGGAGCAGUCACAUACGUAUGAACGUAGGGCGUGUGGUAUUAUGUACUUCCUCAAAGUCAUGGGCGGCAUAGAUGCAGGUAGCGAU